AUGGCGCCUAACAACACCCGAGACAACUUCAAUAGCCAGCGCAUCAUCAACCAAGACGAUAGCCCCAGUGCCCUGGCAGAGCGUCCUCCCACUGCCAACCGGCUUGAGCGAACCAAUGGCCUUUUCCGCCCUCACACCCCGUCGACCCUCGCAGCCCUCAACCAGGACGACUCUCCAACUCCCGCCAUACAUCAUGGCUCCCGUGUACAGUCUCUCCGCAACCAGUCGGAUUUUCCCGCGCCAUGGCCAGUACCCACACCUCCCUCCAUCGGCGACAACUCUUCUCCUUGGGUCCGUUUGGAUCCGGUCCCUCCCUUGACCUACCACUGCAGCUCUAGGUCUACCACAUCUGCCCCCAAUUCGACUUCGCUCUUCGGAAUCUCUGGGACAUCCACAUCCAGAUUCAUCGAGAAUGGGGUAAUCCUCACUCCCUCAUCAUCCGGCAACUUGACUCCGACCUCGGGCCCUCAAUACCCAACUCGUCUCCCCCGUCCAGCAGGGUCGACUUCGAAUCCCAUCAAUGCGUCUUCCGACCGCGACGCUAUCAGGGUGGUCAACCCCAGCAUUGGUUCAGGCCAGUUGCCCGCCAACCUGACUCCAGCCUCGGGCCCUCAAUACCCAACCCGUCCCCCAAGGUCGACUUCGAAUGCCAACCAUGCGUCUUCCGAUCGCGACGCUAUCAUGGCGGUUGACCCAAGCCUUGGCUUGAGUCGAUUGUCCAUCGGCUCGGGUCCUACCUCGGGCCCUAGAUCUCAGACUGGUGCUGCGAAGUCGGCUGCGGAAGUCACCUUUGAUUCUUCCGAUUCAGAUUUAGACUACGACUCCGAGUCGGACUCUGGUCGCGAGCCCGUUAUAAUGGGCAAUUCGAGCUCCGUCCGUGCCAACGCUUCGGCUCCCACCGCCGUCGUGAAUAAUCCGCUUCGGUACCUCGCGGCCACGGGCAACUCGCAGUGCUCUGGAUACGCGCAUCGUCCCCGCCAGUAUGGCCCUCCCAACAACGCCAACUCUUUCCAGCCAACCGAAGGUCGACAGCCACAGGGUUUCCGUCCUACUUGGGCUGCCAUGCGUGCCAAGCAGGGCCAGGCCAAGGACAACGACAAGGAUAGGGCCGCGCUCAAGGCCAUGUACGGCAUCUCGCCCAACUACGCCGGUGACCCGACCAUCGAACGCAAUCGCUCCGCCGACAUCCCCGAUAGCGAGAACUGCGCCCUUUGGAUCACCUUCCUUCCGCCCGACGUCACCCACCGCGAGAUCCUCGCCGAGAUCCGCAACAUGGGCCGCAUUUGGAGCGUGGUGAUUAGCGGCCCCGAGCCCGCGAAGAACCACCACACCGCGGCUGCCAAGGUGGUCUUCUUCGAGCUCGGCGCCGCGCAGAAGUUCUACGCCAUGAGCUGCAACCCCGCGCGCCGCUUCAAGGUCCGUGGCCACGUCACCAAGGUCGAGCUCAAUCGCAUCAAGACCGCGCAGGACAACCGCCGCAACAACUCUCGCGUCCUCCGCAUCAAGGGCCGCCCCGACGUGGUCAACAAGGACGCUCUCACUGCGUACUUCAAGCAGAAGAUCACGUUCGAGGUUGACGAGGUCAUCACCAUCGUCAUGAACGAGGACAUGGGCGAUGUGGAGUACCGCUUUGGCAGCUUCGGUAACCAGGCGGAGUUGGCGUACUUGGCUCUGCAGCGCGAGUACGAUGUCGGCGGGAUUCACUCCCCCUACUGGGAGGUUCAGUACGGCCACGACCCUUGCGCCCCGCAGUCAGGUGCGUACAACUGA